UGUGAGAGCUUGAAGUCAGUCAUACUAACUAGUAAAGUGGUGCAAAUAUUUAGGCUAUUUUCCCUACUUUUUUCCUUAACAGUUUUCAUUUUAAAUCAAUUUAUUUCCUAUAUCCUUAUUAAGAUUACAAAAAUGAGUAGUCGUGGCCAUUCACAAGACAGAGCUCUAUCUCAGGAAAGGGAAACACCAUUUGCUGGAUAUGGAGAUCGAGUCGGCUCUGGAGUAGCCUAUGCUCCUGCACAAUGGAGAGGAGGAGAGCUGGUUACGGAUCCAUCAAUGGUCACAAAAUCGCUGAAAACUCGUCGGUUCUACUACUCGCCAAUCGGAGAUGGAGUUGUGGCCGCAGACGGUGUUGAGCUCAAACGUCUUCCACCUGAUUUAACACCCAAAGUUGAAGUGAUCCAACAACGAGUGGUGGAGCGCGCUCCACCUGGAAAGCCUGGCUUGAGAGUUACUGAGAAAACUUGGUCAACCGGAGGUGGAGAAUCUGACUCAAAUCUGGCUUAUGGAAGCAAGCAAAUGGGUGCGGCUUCACCGACAGCAGAUGGACAAGGACAGUUACAGCGUCCAGAAACGGAUCCAUUUUCCAAGACAACAGACCAAUUAGGGUCACCUUAUCAACGUCCUGAAUCGGCACAAUCAAUGCCAGCUAACAACAGAAAUGGCGCUCCAAAAGAUCAGUGGAUGUCACCAAGAGAUCAUGGAAUUGGAGGCCCGAAAGAUGGCGGACUUGGAGGACCACCGACUGCAGGAAGGCAUGGACCAUUUGCUGGAGAUGGAAAUUUUGGUCCCGGGGUUGGAGGACCACAUGGAUCUACACGCUCAACACCUGGAUUGGGCCCAGCAACAAAUGGAACUGGCAACUUUGGACCAGAAUUUCCCACUUCUGGACGUUCUAGCGCAGACCUAUACGAGCCGGGCUAUCGUUAUGAGAUAAAGAAGGACUAUAAAGUCACGAAUCCCCGAGAACUGAUCCAUCAGUAUGCAACAGGAACUCCAGUAACUGCAAUUGAUCCUAAUCUAACAGAGACCACACGGACAAUCACUCGACAACAUUAUACACAAACUGUGGAGGAAUCAUUUGGUCCAUUUCCGCCCUAUACUGCUGGUCCUAAUGUUCCUACACCUUUAAAGUUUGCGCCAAUGACUAACACUCAACGACAGGCAAAUAUGCAAAAGGAUUCAUUAGGCGCUAAUGCAAAAGAUGCUCAAUUUGAACAACGAAUUUCGGAAAUCCGCCACUCUACAAAUCGCCAAAUUUCGCCUCAUAACCAGUUUACAGAAAAUUUUACAGGCAUAUGA